UCUGUCCAUUCUUAAUCGCUCCAUAUUUUAAAAGAGAAUCACACUGUCCUGCAGCCUUUUGGGGCCAUGAGACUUGGCAACAUUGAGUUGGGAAUCGAAUGGCAAGAGCCUGGUGCUAUUGGUUGGGAGGACAGUCAACUGCUCCGAGCUGUCAGUUGGAGAAGAUUCAAGGAUGAAGCCACUUUUGUCAUAGACCCUCUGAGUGGUUGGCUGUUCACUUUCUUCCCGGGCUGCUAUCAACUGACCGUCUGGGACAGGAUUAGCUUCUUUCUGCUCAUUGUGAACACAAGUACUUCUGGCACCCACGUUCCCUGGCCCUGUAUGUCAGGAUCAGCAGAAAGCCAAGGCUCGCUCUACCUCUGUAAAAGGUCAGUGUAAGGGGAAAAUAAUUGCCACUUCUAGAGGCUGUGUUAGGAAAGUGGUUUGGGAUGAACACAUGGCUGCAAUUUAGAUCUUAUCAAAUCUGAAGAAUGUAGACUGUACUGGGAAUGAGGUUAAGGAGCAGGUUGAGACUAAACCAUUUCUGAUGGAUGUUCUCAAACGACUCUGUGUGUGAGAACAGUGCAGCCAGGCCGUUUGUGAAGGAGGUUGCAAACCUGGAGGGGCCCACUAAGGACCUUUAACAAGAAGAUGUUAGAACCAAGUUUCCAUCCUCCUGUGUGAGUACAGGGCUGUUUGCACUGUGCACUUGCUGGCACAUUAGAUCUUUGCUUCAAACAAUUAAUUACAUUUCCGUCUUGCGUGACAUGCAAUACUUCUGUGCUGCCUCUGACAUUCUGCUUCGGUAUUUCUGAUUCUCCAAAUCACACUGUUUUAUCUUUAGCAUUUGAAGUCAUCUUCAACCUGUCUUCCCUAUGUUAGCUGUUAACAUUUGAAGAGUUAGAACAGCCAGCCUCAAGCCAGCUCUCUUACUGAGCUAAUGUUACAUGGAUUACUUCCUGCCAUGAAGUACCACUUGCUUAUCCCCUUAGAACUUAAGUUGUUUGCCUUCUCUCCUGCUGGGCAAUAAAUAAAUAAAUAAAAAUGGCUUUGAUUUCCUUAUUAGAACUUUGCUUCUAUUUCUCCUAUUCUAAUCUACAGAUAAAACAACUAAAUAUUAUUAGUGCCCAAGUACAGAGCCUUAGGCUCCAUGGUGGCAGAGACUCUGAUGGCUGGAAAAAUGGGACUGGGGAACAGCAUGGUUGGUAACGAGUUUGGCACUAAAUGUGGAGACAGUCAUGAGUGUCCCCAGCACACAGGAGAAGGCCAGAUAUAGAGGUGCAUGAUUGCUUGCAAUUCUAGCAGUAGAGAGCAGAGACAGACACACCCUGGAGGCUGACUGGUCAGUGGUCUUACUGAGUCCGAGAGCGUCAGUUUCAGUGAAGGACCUUGUCAAAAAUCAACCAGAGAGCAAUGGAAAAGGACAACCCUACACUGACCUCUGCUUUCUACACACACCUGUGUACACACACACACACACACACACACACACACACACACACACACACACAUGAACAGGUAUAGAAGCAUAAUACACACACAAACACACACACAAGCACACAAGAAACUGAAAAUACAAUUUUCAUAUGGAAUCUUCUAAGUUUUCAAUGGUGAUCACUGACUGAAAUUUCACUGUAAACUACCUAAUUAACUAUUUAUGACAACCAAAGGUAGCUUUAGGGGCUGCAGCUCACUGUAGAUCACAGAGACUAUACGAUAUUGAUUCUGGAGAAGCCAGUUUUAGGGGAUGUGAUGCUAAGGGGAGAUAGAGGAAAGACGAAGCAGACAGGUGCUGAGACUAGGGAAAGAAGGGUAGAGACAGGCUUGUGUUUUCAUAUUCAUAUGGUCAUGGUCCCCAGGCUUUCCUUUGGCAGGAUGCUGGUCCAGUUCCCUAAACAGUCACUCACAGCACUCAGCAAGAGAGAAAUCUGCAUCUAAGUUGUCUGCGUAUAAGCAAACUAAGAUGGUCUUUUUUUUUUUCCCCUGUUCUGCCAUGGCUCAUCCUUAUGACACAUCUCACCUUUAUGUGACUUCAGCUGGCAAGAGGGGGAGAGGUGAGUGUAGAAAAGAGGAAGGGAGGCCUCUAAGCCAGCAUUAGCAGGCUGGCUGCCUCCCUCACAGCACCCUUCCUUGAGGAACAUGUGCACAACACUGCUACCCUUUUCAUAUAUUCUUGCUGCUAAUUCAACCAAUUGCAAAAGGCCAAAAAGUAAGAUCGUUUUCUAGAAAGCCUCCACCCAUUUUAGGAAUGAGACUAUCUGCCCCACCCCCAUACAUACACAAAAGGAAUUAAAUAUGAGGUAAUCAAGAACAAUUUGGGUCACAUCUUGGUAGCUGUGAUAGGAAUUAGCUCCAUCAUGAUACUACAUGCUGGCCACAUAAAUGUAAGAACAAAAGAGCGCAGACUAUCAACAGCCUGGAACCCCUACAAGGUCAAUGGUAGUAAGAUCAGCCAGGUCCAACAGCUAGCAGACGGUCAAGGUCAGCGGCUGACGAAGCCGAAGUCAGAGAUAGACAUGUGUGUGUGUGUGUGUGUGUGUGUGUGUGUGUGUGUGUGUGUGUGUGUGUGUGCGCACGCGUGUGUGUGUGCAUGUGUGCAUGUGUGUGCAUGUGUGUGUGCAUACAUGUGUGUGUGUGUGUGUGUGUGUGUGUGUGUGUGUGUGUGUGUGUGUGUGUGUUAGGCAGCACAUGAGCAGAGUGUGACUAUCUGCCGACUGGACCAGAAUGUGGACAGAUGCUACCUUUUAAUCAGCUAAGCCUGUGAUAGGUCCCAAGUGCUAACCGAUCUCAAUAGAAAUGACCCCAGUCUUUGUCCAGUUUCUACAAUGAGUGCUACAAAGCACCCUGGACAAAACAGUUUAACUAUUUCCUCUCUCGGACUCUCUCUUUGCCUCAGUCCCUCACUUUUUAUUAAUUUUUCUUAAGAAAAUCGUUUCUGCUUUGCCUGUUCCUACGAGUUCCACAUCUUUACUCUUCACCAGAGGGAGACCGCCAACCUGAGGUCCACUGUCUCAGGUUGACUUUUGGUGGCCACUGACUUUCUGCUGUCUUAAGUCCCUGGGUCAUGCAAACCCAGGCCCAAGAAAAAUCCCGACCAUGCCCAGUCACUGCUAUCAUUCCUCUUCAAGGUCCAGACCUUGACCGUCUCACUUCUGUCUGAGCGCUGUAGUCUAUAACUUGGUGAUGUGGCCCCAGAGGUGGAAAAUGUGGGUCUGAACAGCGUGCUCGGUAUCUACUGAUAAUGACACAUUCCUAUCACAAAGAGAACGGCAUUGUGGGAUACUUACCAGCCUGCUGUGUUUGUACUGUGGACCUCUUUUAUCUUAUAUUUGGAAAGAGUUGGUUUCUACCACUGAAUUAUAAACUUAAGUGUAAAAGGUCAAAGGGACUAUUUUAGCUGUGUCAAACUAAUUAAUUCUGGUAUUUUAGAUAUAUGAACUAAGCAGUUUCUACAAACAGAAACUCAUUACAAAGAUUUUUCAUUUGGUUCUGUACACUUACUGCUGUGUUCAUCCACCCACCCUGAACAUGUAAGUUUCUAAAUUAGCCUGUCCAUUGUCUUCUAUAACCCUGAACACAUACAUUUCUAAAUUAGCCUGUCCAUUGCCUUCUAUAACCCUGAACACAUACAUUUCUUUUUUUUUUCUUUUUUUUUUCUCUGGAGCUGGGAACCGAACCCAGGGCCUUGCGUUUCCUAGGCAAGCGCUCUACCACUGAGCUAAAUCCCCAACCCCCAUACAUUUCUAAAUUAGCCUGUCCAUUGCCUUCUAUAACCCUGAACACAUACAUUUCUAAAUUAGCCUGUCCAUUGCCUUCUAUAGAAAUGUGAAGGGCUAAGGGUUCAUGUUCAACCCUCUUUACAGCCUGGCUGCAGGCAUGUGACCUAGGCAUAACUGAUGGACGAUUUUAUUCCCUUCUGUGGUAUGGAAACUACAGACAUAUAGAAACCCCCCAGGCAACUGCACAUAGUUUCCACAGCAACAAUUCACGGCAGGAAUAGAGGAAGCCGGAGAUACCCUUGUUUGCGCUACAACGGAGUGGGGUAGCGUUUUUGGUCUACUGAGGCUUUUAUGAGAUUUGAGGUGGUGUUCCUGGAAACGCAGCCUCUAAGCCCAAUUUUGCUGGCCUUCCUGGAAAUAUAUGACCUCUCCAUUGUUCUCUGAACUCAAGAGUUUGGGUCUUUUGUCUGCAACUAAGAGUCCUGCGUGGAACAUUGCCAGGUAUAGUUAAGUGCUGUUCUUUUCCAAGUAUCUCUGCUCCUGUAUGAAAAAAAUCCUGGGGCUGUGUUCUAACAUGCCAGUUCCUGGGCUUAGAAUCUUUGUGGACAAGUUCUAGAACUCUGGGUCUUUAUUAAUUAAUAAAAGGAAUCCCAGGAGCCCUAGGCUGAUCUGAACUUGAUGUGUAGCUCAGAGUGGCCUUGUACAGAAAUCCUAACCGUCUUGACUCCAUCUCUCCACAUAUGAUUCUUUUACAAAGCCAGACGACUGACCAGUACUUCUUUGUGCCGUGCACUUUCCCUCACCCAUGCACACUGUCCUGGCUCUCUCUUGAACUCUCUCUGUCCCCUCUUCUUUAUGAUGCUUGAGGCAGGGUCAGCGUCUCACAUAGCCUAGGCCGCCCUUCAACUUUCUAUAUAGCUAAACGCAGCUGUCUUUGUGGCUGAAACUGUCUUUGAACUCCCGAAUCCUACAGACCCUGCUAAUGCUGAGGUUACAGACAUGUGCAGCGACAUCAGGCAGGGAGUCUCUUCAACUCUAACGUUUGUUCCUUUUUGGUCCGAGAACUGAGAAGUGGCUGUUCCCCUGAGUGUUGCCUGUGUUCUGCAUAAACCAUGGUACCAGAGCGAUCAGCUCACACUGUGGCUGUAGCUCUCCAAAGCAGUUGUUUGCUUUUUUAUUUUUCCUGUGCAUCUUUGUCACUCAGGUGCAAAGCUCGGCAAUCUACUCCAAGGUUCGAUGAGGUCAAGAGAGAAAAUCCAGAAGUUAAGAGACAGAGUCAUUUUCUUUGAAGGGUUCUGUGGGUGGGGAUGAAUAAUAACAUGGAGAGGAAUUGAUCAGAUUGGAUCAAUCACAGUGUCACACUUGAGGGAGGAGAUGAGUGUCCAAAGUUAUCAAAGAGGCUGGUAAGGUGUGAAGAACGUGACCUGGUUGAUGGUGGAAAAGGAAGGAUGUUGGUGCUCUUGGUCAUAUGAGAUGAUCAACAGGGAGAUCUGGCCUCUGUGGACGAACAUUGAAGUGCUGUGCAAAAGCAGAUUUAUUGAUUGUUCACAAAGUUGUUUUAUUUCUUUUCUUUGGGGGCAGGGAGUAAAAACAAGUUCCUCAUACCACUGCCCCUAAUCUAAUCUAUAGGUUUCAUGAAGGAAAAUAUUAGGCCCCUAUAACCUUAGUCCUUACUGUGUACAGUUCGCCGUGUUCAAUAAUGUAAGACACUCUAGGUAUGCCGGGACUGUCUUGUGACCAAAGUCAGGCAAAGGCUGAAAAGCCCCUCCAGAAAACAGCAAUAUAUAUCACAGAAAACAAUCCCUGUUUUCUACAUUGGUUUCUCUAAGAUCAGAGGACUUCUGGAGGACAACCGUUUCAUUCUAAUGUUUACCCUAGAUAUAAUAAUUCUGUUGGAGUGUCUGCUACAUAAGGAUGGAGAGAAAGUUUGACAUCCACUGUUGUACAAAGGAAGGGCUAGCGAUUGUUAAGAUUUGAACUUGGGCAUGUUCAUUUAACACCUUUGAAGCCUAGCUCACUCGGUCACAAAACAAAGAUGCUAAUAAUUUUAAUGCUUAUAGAAUAUUGGCUAUGGGGUAGGAAUUCUUUACAGUUCACCUACUAACCCAUUUAAUCCUCAUUAUAGCCAUACUGUCGGUUCUAUUGCUUCCCCAUGUUUCAGAUGCCUCAACAGAGUAACUCACCUGUAGUCACACAGGUGGCUGGUUUUCUAGUGCUACCACAUUGAUUUCUUUGAACUUAAUGGCUAAAGACAGCCUAUCUUCAUCUCAGAUUUUUGUGAGACAUGGAUAUGAGCCUAGCUUACUUAGAUGCUCUGCGUGUUAUCUUAAGGCUGAAAUCAAGCUGUUGACCUUGUAAGGACAGACUAGGGGAUCUGUAACUUGGGUGCCGGUGGGUCAUCUGUGGCUGUGGCUGUGGCUCUUUUUGAUGUUCUUGUGGUUUGGGGUAGAAUUAGCUUCCUUGCAGCUGCAGAACUCUUGGCAUCUGGAUCUCAAAACAAGCUGUUCAAAGUCUCACUUCCUCUGGUGAAGAUCUCCUGGCAAGCUGCCUUUUACUUAAGACCAACUGCCUAAAUGGCUUUAAUAUCCCUGCCACACAUCUUCAUCUUUGAUGUAUAGUGGAACAUAAUCGUGGAAGCGACGUUCAUUUACCAUGUUCCAUAGGGAGGAGACCCACUAGCAGUCUUGUCUGCUCUCAAGGGGAGGGGACUCCACAAACCAUGGUUCGCGAUGACUGGAUGCACAGAGCUGUUGGGGACAUCUGCCAGAUGAAACUUUAAGGCUGUUUAAACCCAGCCUGCCUCCAGGUGAAGAGUCAGUUGCCACAGCAUUCUUGCUUAUAACGACUCUGUUCUUCUUUUUCUGUUUUUGAAGGAAGUAAGCCUGCUUUAUAUAUAGCCUUGCAUAGGAUUCUAAAUGAACUAGCACACGGCAGCUCGUACACUCUGCUCAUCAAGCAUUAGUUCCUCGCAUCCCUCCACCUUUGAAGAACAAUCUCAAGCACCCAUAACCACCCACGGUUUUGUAUUUUCUGGAGAAGACCUCCAUAGUCCCAUGAGGCAUUCUGAUGAAGUGACUGUGAAGGAAGAGUGAGCACCUUGCUUUUGCAGGAAGGACAGGACAGCAUGGAGCAGCCAUUUACGGUGAAUUCACUGAAAAAGUUAGCUGCUAUGCCUGACCAUACAGAUGUUUCUCUAAGUCCAGAGGAGCGGGUCCGUGCCCUAAGCAAGCUUGGUUGUAAUAUCUCCAUUAAUGAAGACAUCACCCCACGCCGUUACUUCAGGUCCGGAGUGGAAAUGGAAAGAAUGGCGUCUGUGUAUUUGGAAGAAGGGAACCUGGAAAAUGCCUUUGUUCUUUACAACAAAUUUAUAACAUUAUUUGUAGAAAAACUUCCCAGCCAUCGAGAUUACCAGCAGUGUGCAGUUCCCGAGAAGCAGGACAUCAUGAAGAAACUGAAGGAGAUUGCGUUCCCAAGGACGGACGAAUUGAAAACGGACCUGCUAAGGAAAUAUAACAUAGAAUACCAAGAGUAUUUACAAAGUAAAAACAAAUAUAAAGCCGAAAUUCUCAAAAAGUUGGAACAUCAGAGACUGAUAGAGGCAGAGCGCCAGCGAAUCGCUCAGAUGCGCCAGCAGCAGCUGGAGUCUGAACAGUUCCUGUUUUUCGAAGAUCAACUCAAGAAGCAGGAGUUGGCUCGGGGCCAGACUCGAGGUCAGGACUCUCUGGUGCUGUCUGAGCAGACUGACGGAAGUGGGCUGUCCUGUUUUUCCACCCACCAGAACAAUUCACUGAGGAACGUAUUUGCAGACCAUCCUCAGAAAAGUGAUGUUUGCGAUCUCGCUAACUACUCUCCUCCAGUGAACAGGGCCCUAAAGCCAGCGGCCACCCUGAGUGCUGUUCAGAAUUUAGUGGUUGAAGGACUGAGGUGUGUAGUUUUGUCAAGAGAUCUUUGCCACAAAUUUCUGCUGCUGGCUGACUCUAACACAGUGAGAGGAAUAGAAACCUGUGGGAUCCUCUGUGGAAAACUGACACAUAAUGAAUUCACCAUUACUCAUGUGGUGGUGCCAAAGCAGUCUGCUGGCCCAGACUAUUGCGACGUGGAGAAUGUAGAAGAAUUAUUCAGUGUUCAGGAUCAACAUGGUCUCCUCACGCUGGGAUGGAUUCACACACACCCCACGCAAACGGCAUUCCUGUCCAGUGUGGAUCUCCACACUCACUGCUCCUAUCAGCUUAUGUUGCCAGAGGCCAUUGCCAUCGUGUGUUCCCCAAAGCAUAAAGACACCGGCAUUUUCAGGCUCACCAACGCUGGCAUGCUUGAGGUUUCUACUUGCAAGAAGAAGGGUUUCCAUCCUCACACCAAGGACCCCAAGCUGUUCAGUAUAUGCAGCCAUGUGUUAGUGAAAGACAUAAAGACAACUGUGUUGGACCUGAGGUGACAUGUCCGAAAUGUAAGACCAUCUGUACUGGACACCUGCCAGGGACAUGUGUGGCUGCCGAAUUUCUUAUGAUGUUUUCAGAAGUGACCGAUAUUUUAUAUUUAUAUAUUUUAGACCAGAACUUUGAUAUUUAUUGUUCUUGCACAUUUUGAAGUUUCCUUUUUUUUGGGGGUGGGGGGGUGUGUCUCAAAAGAGACCACAUGGUGUUCAGUCUAUACCUGUGAAUAUACCCAAAUGAUGCCAUCAGAAAUAAAUUGUGCUGCAGAUAA